AUGCUAAAACCUCCAAAGAACAUUGAAGAAUUUUUAAAGAUUCAAAACUGGGAUUAUUGGCCAAGGGAAGUUUAUUUGGUAGACGAUAGUAAAUGGGUAUACGAUCUGAAGAAAAUAAAAGAAGAUAGUUCAUUUACUUCAAUAUAUACACAUCUGUGGAAAAAUGUUCCUCGAAUGUAUGAUACAGUGGGGAGCAUGGAGUCAAGAUUAGAGGAAUGUUCAGUUCUUUUGCAAAACCAUGCCACUAAAAUAUUUGAAUGGGACAGCAUAAUUUCUAAGACAGGUUCUCAAAGGAAAUUGGAAAGUUAUAAGGCAUUCAUAAGGAAAUACCAUAAGAAAAAGAAGAUAAUGCUUUCAGAUGAGAUGGAGACAAAGAAGAAUGUAGAGGGUUGCAACUUCUCAGGAUUCAAAACAAAUGAGCUCACUCAAUUACCCAGACAUUUGGAUGCUGAACGAAUUUAUCUUUUUAUUUUAAAAGCCCAUAACUUUGAUGAAAAAAUUUUCAAAAUCUGGAAGACGCAUUUUCUCUCAGAAGCCUCUAUUGCUCUUUUGCAUGAUGCCUUUUGGUGGUGGUUUCUCUAUAAAUUUAAGCCUGACAAACAAAAUCAAGAUUCCUUGUUUGAUAGAAUUUCAGAAAGUUAUGUGACACUUUUCAUGAGCAUACCUCUAAGUCGAAAAGAUGCAUUCUUUCAGAUGUAUCCUGAUUGUUUGGCACAAGCUAUCUAUGCAACAUUCCAGGAAGCAUUUCCAGAAUCCAGUAAUCUCUUUAAUGAUGAAUUUAAAGAAGAUCUAGGGAAUAAUAUUUUUCUUUGGUUGUCAGGUUUAAGACCUCAAAAAGGCUUUUGGACCCAUUGGAAACUGAAAGAACUCUCCACUACAACCAUACAUGGUACCAAAAAAGCACCUUUAAAAUCUAUACAGAGCAGGAUUGCAAGAAGUCAAGAACGUAUAACAAAUACUAUAGACUUCAAUAUGAAGAAAAUUUUAAAGAAUCCAAGAGCAAAUACAGUGUCUGUAUGUAAGGAAGAGUCAAGACUAACAACAAAGUCCCAUUAUUGUAGUCCUGGUCCAGAGUUUUACCGUGUGCUCUUAAAUAUUGGAAGUCAGAGUCCACUAAUUUUACAUUAUCUUAAGAUGCAUGAACUAGCUGGCAUUUCCAAAGCCCCUAGAAAAAGCAAGAUGAAAUUCACUGCAAUAUUGCGAGAACCAUCACCUGCUCCAACUUACUAUGAUAUUAUAAAGGAAGCAAAAAGAAAAUUUGCAAGAAACCAAAAGGAUUUUAGGAUACUCCAAGCAAAGGCUACCAAGAAACCUUACGAAGCUGGGGAUGACUUUGAGAAGUUCCUACAUAACCUGCCUUUCGAAGAUCAAGAGAGAGAAUUUCUGGCAUCACUAUCUUCAUCAACAUCGGAGGACUACAACUUUGAGGACGAAUACUAAGAGA